UUUAACAUGUGAUUUUACGUCACAGAGUUCAGUGAAAUAAUGGUCGUCUGCUCUCUACUCGCGAUUAGUUUUAAUCUGUACCUUCACCGUAUUGGGCGUGUUUCUGUGCCGGAAAACAUUUGAAAUAAAUUCAAACAUCGGUUCUAGUUCAUACAAUGUUAUUAUCAUAUCAGAAAUUAUGUUUGACAGUCUGUAUACUAAUAUCGGUGAUACUUAAGGUAAAUAGCAAUGUUCUUCCACGAUGUAGCGCUCGGGAAAAUACUUACUGGAAAGAAAUAAAGCAGAAAUGUACCCCAUGUCGGACAUGCUCCGCUGGUACGGCAAGGAACUUAAGUUCGGAGAUCGAUCUUAAGACGGGGCCGUACGGCGAUGAAGAGUGUUUCCCGUGUCAGGAAUGCUCAAAUGACCACUACGUCUACAUUCCCACGUUAGAGUUUCUUCCACCGUACUGUACCAAGUGUUCAGCAAACUGCACCUCGGUGAACCGGUACAUGAAGAAGUCAUGCUCGAGCCAGAGCAACUGGGAGUGCGGGGACUGUCUGCCGGGGUACGAGAACAAAUACGGAAAUUCAGAUUUCCCGUGCACGAAAAAGACACAUGUAAAAAGCUCCUCUGAAACAAGCACUCCUGUGGCCAAUCCUGCAAUAACACAAGCUCUCGUCGGAUCAUCUCAUCAGGGGAAUGAAAGCGGCGGCUGGUUUGCAUCACUCCCGGUAGCUCUGCAGGUCUUGAUCAUUGUCUUCGCAGCCAUCUUCGUGUUCGUUAUUGCUGCCAUUUCCGGGGCACUCGCGUGUAACAGAUACUGUCCGCCGAAGUCGCUGUCAAGAGAAAAUUCUUCGCUCCUACAUAGUGAAGUAGAAAUCGACGGCGGGAGAGACAUUCCACAAACAGGUGUAAGGGGAGAACUGUCCAAUCCUGCUUCAUUACCCGAAAAUUGUGCUCGCUUGGCCGUUGCAUUGAACAGAUAUAAUCAGACGACCUCUGCCAAUGUGUGUCACUGCCUAAUAUUCCAAGAAUUUGAUUGCUUAGAUUGCGUGCCAUUAUUAGCAAAAUCCAACAGCCAAAUCGGAAAUAAUUUGGACCUCAUUGCCUUUAUCGCCAGCGAAGUGUGUCACGAUCCAUUAAAACUUUUUUGGGCCAUCGGUGUCCAAGACUCCGAUAUUUAUAUUCUGAACGAUGAUAGAAACAGAGCUCCUGAAAAGAUCUCCCAAAAAGAUUUUAUUUAUAAUGUUUUACAUCGCUGGCUACAGGUCAACACGGAGGCAACGUACCGUGACCUAUUUAAAGGGCUAUGCCAAGGAGGUUUCCAUCAUAUAAAUAGAGCUGUUUGUGCUCAAUAUGAUUCAUAUGUUCCUCAGGUUUGAUAUGCUUUACAUUAUGAUAUAUACGCAUCAUGUGUAUAUGUAUACAUGUUGUACAAAUCGCUGUUCAUACUAUUUAUUAAAAAAAUACAUCGAUUGAAUAAUUUAUUUAAUAAUAUUAUUUUGUCUUUUUUCAAUAUUUUGAAGUAUUUAUUGUUAUUGACGUCAUAUAAAAGAUAGUAACUUUA